AUGGAAGAAGUGCAAACUCCAGCAACUGCAGAUGCCCCACCACAAAUAUCAUCAAAAAAUACAGAAGACUUGCUUUUGCCACCAUCUCCACCACCACUUGCACAAACACCACCUAUUGCAGCAGCUCAAACUUCAGAAACUGGAGAGGUCAUCCUAAAAAAUGAGGAAACGAAGAGAUCGGAAAAUGAUAGAAAAUAUGUAUGGGCAGGCAACUAUAGGCCCUUUUAUUUGCAAGAUUUUCUAUGCAAUCGAAGAAUAGCACUUUGGCUACAAGAUGUGGACAUCACCACUAACAAUUCUUUGAGCCAAUCCCUCAACCACCGCAGUUUUACCAACUCCAAGCUCUCCAAUGAGGACAGGGUUAUUCUUAGUCCUAGAAAGAAUCCUAAUAACUCUUCGGAUUUCUUCAUCUCUGCCAAUUACGGGGUCAAGUUUUCAAGCCUGCUCAACAAGUUCACGCCCAUAGGUCUUAAGAGCUUGGAACGACGAAUCCCCAGAAGCACUCUCCACCUUCCUUGGCAUAAAUGA